AGUAGCUGUAGGUGCAGGCGAUGCAAGACCUGCUCGCACCUUCUCAAUCUCUUCGGCGCACCUUCCCUAAAUCCAGAUGUCCCGUUCGAAGGUCAGAACCCACCGCCCUCCUUUAACUUGAGUCCCCAGCUGAAGUCCCUUCUCACCUUUCCCUUCUCUUCUCUCCAAACCGACCGAUUUACUGCUGCAGUAUGCCUACUAUCUACCUGUCUAGUAUUGUCAUUCUUACAACGCAAGAUACUAACAUGUAUUUAGGAGAACAAAAAAUAAAGAGAUUCAUCCGCGACACUGUCAAGCAACAACAGCAACAACAACAGCAGGACCAACAACAGCACCAACAACACAGCCCGGGCCAACCGUCCCAUCCCUGCUGCUCCAAUUCGAGUUUCGGGGCCAAACGGCCACGAAGUAACCAUUCCUCUGGAGGCUUUCUCUUCCCGGCGAGACCGGGACAAUUUCUUCCGGCGAGACUUGCCGGCCCUGCUUUCUUCGGGGGACGGGGGUGGCCGGCACCGGCACCAGCACCAGCAACACCAGCACCAGCAACACCAGCACCAGCAACACCAGCACCAGCAACACCAGCACCACAACACCAGCACCAGCAGCAACGACAGCAGACGGUGCCUUCUGGCCCUCCCCUGCCCGGAACCACUACCAAUGUACAUGCUCAUUGACUAGAGCAAGACCUCGUUUGACUAUGUUACUGACUAUGUACUAGGCCGGCGUGAAAAAGAGGCGCCACCGGAAUCGAAAACCCGUCAGU